UCACGCCAGCACAGCCUCUCCCUGUGCAGGAAGAGAUCCCGGGCCCUCCCAGAAGGGACAGCACGGGGAGAAGCCAGUGCCAUCUGAAGGGAAGGAGACGUAAAGGAAGCUGCAGGGAGGGAAGACAAGGAGUGGCCAAGAGCAGUCCCUGAACACGGACGAGCAUCGCUCUCGCUCAGAGCCCUGCACAAUGGAAAUAAUAUUUGGCAGAAAUAAGAAGGAGCAACUGGAGCCUGUGAGGGCCAGAGUAACAGGCAAGAUUCCAGCCUGGCUGCAGGGAAUCCUGCUCCGCAAUGGGCCUGGAAUGCACACGGUGGGCGAGACCAGAUACAACCACUGGUUCGAUGGCCUGGCCUUGCUCCACAGCUUCACAAUCAGAGAUGGCGAAGUCUACUACAGGAGCAAAUACCUGAGAAGUGAUACCUACACUGCCAAUAUCGAAGCAAACAGGAUUGAGGUGUCAGAAUUCGGAACAAUGGCCUAUCCAGACCCCUGCAAAAACAUAUUUUCCAAAGCUUUCUCCUACCUGUCCCACACCAUCCCCGAUUUCACAGACAACUGUCUGAUCAACAUCAUGAGGUGUGGAGAAGACUUCUAUGCGACCACAGAGACCAAUUACAUCAGGAGGAUCAACCCCCAGACCCUGGAAACCUUGGAGAAGGUUGAUUAUCGUAAAUACGUGGCUGUAAAUCUGGCAACAUCACAUCCUCACUACGAUGCUGCUGGAAAUGUUCUCAAUGUUGGCACGUCCAUCGUGGACAAGGGGAAGACAAAAUAUGUGAUCUUUAAGAUCCCUGCCCCAGUCCCAGGGGGCAGGAAGGAGGGCCGGAGCCCCCUGAAGGACACGGAGGUCUUCUGCUCCAUUGCCGCCCGCUCCCUCCUCUCCCCGAGCUAUUACCACAGCUUCGGAGUCACCGAGAACUACAUCGUUUUCCUUGAGCAGCCUUUCAAGUUGGACAUCCUCAAGAUGGCCACGGCCUACAUUCGGGGCGUGAGCUGGGCUUCCUGCCUGGCCUUCCACGGGGAGGACAAGACUCACAUCCACAUCAUCGACCGAAGGACGCGGAAGCCCGUGCCGACCAAGUAUCACACGGACCCCAUGGUGGUGUUUCACCACGUCAACGCCUACGAGGAGGACGGCUGCCUCCUGUUCGACGUUAUCGCCUAUGAGGACGGCAGCCUCUACCAGCUCUUCUACUUGGCCAACCUGAACGAGGACUUCAAGGAGAACUCCAGGCUCACCUCCAUGCCCACCCUCAAGAGGUUCGUGCUGCCCCUCCACGUGGACAAGAAUGCAGAAGUGGGCUCCAAUUUAAUCAAACUGUCGUCUACAACAGCACGAGCCCUAAAGGAAAAAGAUGACCAAGUCUACUGUCAGCCGGAGUUGCUCUAUGAAGGCUUAGAACUGCCUCGGAUCAAUUAUGCCCACAAUGGGAAGCCAUACCGCUAUAUCUUUGCUGCUGGAGUCCAGUGGAGCCCCAUCCCAACCAAGAUAAUAAAAUAUGACAUUCUCACCAAGUCCUCCUUGAAGUGGAGAGAGGAGCACUGCUGGCCGGCGGAGCCCCUGUUCGUGCCCACACCGGGUGCCAAGGACGAGGAUGAUGGGAUUAUCUUAUCGGCCAUAGUCUCUACCGAUCCCCAGAAGUCGCCUUUUCUGCUGGUUCUCGAUGCCAGAACUUUUACGGAACUGGCCCGCGCAUCCGUCGAUGUGGAGAUGCACCUGGAUAUCCACGGGCUGUUCAUCCCAGACGCAGGCUGGGACCCGGGGAAGCAGGCCCCUUCCUGGGAGGCGCCGGCCAGGGCUGCCGCCGGACGUGCGGCCCCACGGACCGACAGCCUGGAGGCUUUGGUCCUGGGGACCAGCUCUGCCCAGCUCCCGGCUGGCCCCGCCCCGGGGGAGGUGCAGGAGGGUGGUCCUUCAUUCCAUUUCGCACUUAUUCUUUCCGCAGCUGCUUUGAGUCAACGUUCUGAAAACAGAACUCAUCGGUAUCUUUUCUUUCAUUUUAUUUUGGCCAUGAGGACCUUGCUUGAAAGUCAAUCAAAUGUUUAUUGAUUAGCUCUAGCCCUUGUAAGAAAGCCCCCUUCCUUGAGUACAAAGACAGUGACCAUGAAUCAGAAACUGUAUUGUCACAUAAUCAUUGUCCCUAGAAUGGGGACCUAUGACCCAUUGGAGAAGAGACACAGAAAGAUUUAUCAUUGCUCCCUGCUCCCUCUCUGCUUUCCGAGUGGACCUGGUCGUGAGUUCCAGCUUUCUCAACCAGCGGACCCAGAAGGCGUGUGCUCUGUGGUCAUUCCAUGCAAGGCAUGGCAUAAUAUAAAUUAAAACUUUAAAGCCCUGUCAGACCUUAAUUUUAUUUUUUUACAUGGCUUCUUCCUCUGAAGAUCUUCUAAGGCAGAGAAACAGAGGCAAAGACAGGCGCCUCACGGUACACCCAGGGGGCCAGAGGGCUGGUGUGGGGUCCCCCACUGCAGCAGGGCGUGGAGGGGCUGGAGUCCAGGACUGAGUCCUGUCUUGCCUGACUGAGAACCAGGGCAGUGAGGUGCAUCAGAGCCAUACAGGACAGGAGUCCCCUCGGCAGUGUUCCCUGGAGAUUCAGCCACGCUGUCAUUUGUUUUCACCCAAGUUGUCCUGUGUUGGGUGUAUUUUAUUCACUACUCUACCCGCUGCACCUGGAAAACUGACUGGAGGAUCAGGCUCUCAAUUAAAUAUUUGUUGGAUGAAUGAAUUCCACCAAUGAAGAAAUACAACUGUAAUGUACCCACAAGAAAUAGGUUUUUUUUUUUUAAAGAAAUACAUAUUUUACUGAAGGUGUCCCAGGAAGACCAGGAAGGUGGUUCACAUGGAGACCAAUGAUGACGCCCAGGUUCCUCUUCCAGCCAUCCUUGGUCUCUCUUUCUUCCCCUGUUGUUCCUCAAAAGCUCAUGUACCAUUCCAUUAUUUCCAUUUCAGCUCAGCUCAUGGAGCCCAUCAGACAAAAACUCAAACCCUGGGGAUGGCAAAAUAAAUAAAUAAACCUUGGGGAUGGCAGAAUGAAGACCAUCUACUCUUCUCCUCUGGGGACCUCAGCAUCUCCAGUAUUGAUAAGAUGGAUUGGGAGGAAAUGUCAACCAUGGUGGCCUAAGAAACACGUGAUGGAGGCCUGCAUUUGGGUGGCAGGAACGGAAAAGAGUUGACAGAUGGGACAGUCACUCACCUAUUCAUUAUUUUACUUUAAAUAUUUGAGAAGAGGGUGGUAUUUAAAAAAUGCUUCCCCACCUCUACUCAAUUCUCAUUGUCAAACACUACCCAGAUAUGGCCAUGAAAAAAGGGCGCAGUUCGGCAUGGAAGAAAAGUAUGUCGUGGUUUAUUUGCCUUGCUUAGGAAGACAGGUGAAAUACCAGACCGAUGAGGAAGGCUGGCAUACCACGUCUUUUCUUCUCAGUUUCAAAAACACCAAAGGUCAGUGGUAGGACGUCUGAUUUAUCUCGAUCCUGAAUUCCCCUGUGUUUCAGACACAGGCCAGGGUAAUUAGCUCAAAAGGCUGCAGGAGCCAAGACGCAUGCGCCUUUCUUGAAGCCGAGACCGUCUGUCUUACCCUGGGAGCCUUCCUUGUUAUGCUUCAUGUGGGUGUAACGUGUGACCAGGAAGUU